AUGGAUGUCUCAAAUAGUUCACAGACAACACACAUAAUUAGAAAUAGAACAAGGUUAACAGCACUAUCUUGUAUAAGAUUCAUGAUUAUAAGUGAACUUUUAAUAAAACUUACAAAAAUAAUAUCUAUAACUUUUGUACUAUAUUUAAAAAGAAAUGAAACAUGUAAACAGCCUUUAAAAGUCUUUCUGGGUGUAUUUCUUGUCAUAACAAUAAUAAGAUGUAUUACUUUUUUAUCUAAAAAUAGAACAUUUUUUAGUAUUGACAAUAUCCCAGAAUUCAGAGAUAACCCCGAUUUGGCUUUAUUUAGCAAUUUUAUAGAAGCUCUUGUUUUAUUCUGGUACCUUAUAGGUUUUCAUUGGUUACAGGAAUGUACCAACUGUUCUACUACAAACCCAAUACUGUAUUAUAUGUCUGCGCUAUUUAUUACACUAGGUAUAGCAAUGUUUAUACUACCUUUGCUUGCUAUUAUUGCGCUUUUAUUAUUAAAAGAAUGUGUUAAACCUAAAUUUAGAAUUAUUAAAUUUAAUAAACCAGAUGAUCUUCCUGAUGAAACUGUAACAUGUACAAUAUGUUUUGAGCAGUAUGAACCCGGAAAUGAGAUAAAAUUUUUACCUUGCACUCAUCAUUUUCAUUGUGAUUGUGUAGAUGAAUGGCUCGCUCUUAAAGAGUCAUGUCCCUUAUGUAAAAGAAGUACAGGAUUUUUUAACGAACUUUUAGAUGACCAAUAUCCUGACAUAUAA